CCUGACUGUAGUCAGCAGGAGCUUCACCAUCCUCCAGCAGCACAACACUGUGUCCGUACCACCACACAAUGGACUGUAAUGUCAGCGACGGGCGAGAUUAGAGCAUCUUCUCGACAGUAGUGAAUCUGUUUAUGGAUUUAAUGAUGAUGAAAAAGAAGAAAUUCAAGUUCAAGGUGGAUUUUGAGCUGGACGAGCUCUCCUCGGUCCCCUUUGUUAACGGUGUCCUCUUUUGUAAAGUCAGACUGCUGGAUGGCGGGUUCUCCGAGGAGUCUUCACGGGAGCCGGUGCAAGCCAACUGUGUUCGAUGGAGGAAACGCUUCUCUUUUCCCUGCAAGAUGAGCGCCAAUGCAGGGACAGGUGUACUGGACCCUUGUGUGUGUCGCGUGUCUGUCAGAAAGGAGCUGAAAGGUGGGAAGGCAUAUGCAAAGCUUGGUUUUGCAGAUCUGAAUUUAGCAGAGUUUGCUGGCUCAGGGAAUACAACCCGCAGAUGUCUGCUUGAAGGCUACGAUACCAAAAAUACUCGCCAGGAUAACUCCAUUCUCAAGGUUAUCAUCAGUACACAGCUCAUGUCUGGUGAUCCCUGUUUUAAAACGCCCCCCUCCACAGCCACAGUGAUCGGGAUCCAGAGUGAUGGAGAGAGCCUGCUGGAGGAGAGGAGGGGAGGGGACGCACAGCAAGGCUGUUCUGCAGAGAGUCGAGAAGGGAAGUGUCCAGUUGUUUCUGACGAUCUCGGGGGCAGCUGCCACUCCCGAACAUCCAGCUAUGCCAGCCAACAGUCCAAACUCUCAGGCUACAGCACAGGUCACUCCCGCUCCUCCAGCAUGUCAGAGUUCAGCCACCGACGUAACCACUCAGUGGGCAGCACUUCAACAGGCAUCGGCAGCAUCCCAGAGCCCAGCGAGGACCGGGACAGAGAGCCCAGACCCUGUCCUGCUCUACCUGAACACCCAGUCCCCACAGCCACCACUAGCAACCCAACGGGUACACCAGUGCGGAGUGCCUCAUCGUGUGAACGACUCAACAGACAUCCAGUGAAGCAGGACUCUAUGGAGUCUCAGCUGAAGAGAAUGGACGACACACGAGUGGAUGCUGAUGACGUUGUGGAGAAGAUUCUCCAGAGUCAAGACUUUACACCCAGUCUACUGGAUUCUAGUACUGAAGAGGAAGGCCUGCGCCUAUUUGUUGGCCCUGGGGGAAGUACAGCCCUUGGAAGCCAUCACCUUCCCACCAGGGUUGGUGCUGGAGCGUACGAGCAAGUGGUGAUAAAGCGUUAGACCUGCAGUCUCUCACAGGUGGACUCACAGCGCUUACAUGGAAAACCUGGAUGCACUGCUGUGUCCAUUUCAAUCUGCAUUCCUACAGCACACACUAUACCUGAUCAGAAGUGUCUGAGUGAGCACUCUGAACAGUCAAUGUUACAUGAGCGCCCUCCUGUGUUCAUAUCUCCUACACAACACUGUAGCUCCCCAGUAAUAAUUUUAAGAGUGAGAGGUGGACAGUUCCCUCAGUUUAAAAUACAAACAAAUGAAACAUUGACCAGAUUGUUCAAAACACUGACAUAUUUUACUAAAACUGUCCACUCCUCAUCAGGAACUAGAAGAAAUCAAUUAAACUUUCUCUCUGAUGAAGGACACCAGGACGAGCUGCGUGUGCGCAUCAUCUAUGCUGAAGUGGAGAAUGCGAUGCAUUUUCAAUACAUUCCUUUUGUCUCUCUGAGUUUGUUUUGGACUACCUGUUCUAUAAGGAUGUCCUAUUUAAUAUUUGCCUAUAAGCUGCUAAAAAGCUGUAGACAAACCGGUAGAUGAUAUUUUAAUACACAGAUGAGGCAUCAGAUCUGAGCUAUUUGACGUGUGAACAUGGACAGUGUCUGAAUGUGUGUAUGUCUGUCGUAAGACCACUUCUAUUAGUAGUAAGAGUAAACCUGUUAUCUUGAGGGUGAGUGGAAAGUAUGAAGGUCAUAAAAGUCCUUGUUCUUAUUUGUUUGGCACACUGCUGAGGAUUGUAUUACAACACCUUGCAGCAUUAAACUGCUCUACAAAGGCAAAACACAGGAACAACAUAAUUGGUCUAAACUGAAAUAUGACCAAACUUGCUUCUAUAUGAUCAAAUUUAUACAUAAAUUUGCAGUUAUCAGAAAUUGGAGCUUUAAAAACAAUCCAAACCACACUAUGUGCAUUACAGCUUUGUAUUGCACUCCAGCUACUAACUUAACUGCUUUUGGCUCUAUAAGCUGUUGUCACAUUAACAGCACUGUGUCACAGAGAGACAGCCAAAGAGCUAAAUAAGAACUACAUCAAGUGAAGGCUAGCUGGUAAAAUGCCCAAUAUUUCCUUAGGCGUUGCCUUUAAAUACAAUUAAAUUCUAUUUUGGUGAUUCAUUUUCUUUUUCCAAAUAACUUAAUGAAGCAGUAAUUAAAUCCAAAUCAAGAAGGCGAAAACACAGCUUAACCCUGCAAUGGGUAACUACCGUAAUGGACUUGAGAAAUGUUUAGCUUUGAUUGGACUAAGCUUCUUUUAAAUCUCAUUUAAAUGUAUUAAAUUGUAUUAGAAGUAUUUUAUCAGUUCUAAUAAUAUAUAAAUAGAUUUUAAUAGAUGUACAAAGCACCCAGCAAAACAGCUACAUUUAAUUCCUUUAAAUCUUUACACUACCAAACUAAAGUAUAUUUUCUUAACUAUUUCAAAGGAUAAGACAGCUGAAAAAACAUUUUCUUACUUAUACUACUACUACAUACUGUGUUACUCCUCAAACUUUUUUUAAAGGUAUGAUGUAGGCAUAACACAGCUUAUCUUUGGCCUAAAAUGUAAAAAUAAAAGAUAUUACACCAUCUGUCUUGCACCCUGUUUGCCAGCCCUUUUCUCUAAUUCAUAUCUUCUGUAAGUCACUGGUCUCUGCCUUUGUAGAGCAGUAAAUAUCAAAAGGGGCUUUUAUGAUGAAUAUCACUAUUGGAGGGCAUAUAUCUAAUGCCCAGCAUUUCAGCUACGUACCUAUUGUAUACUUGCGCUUUGCAACUAAGCUACAUCUUUCUACGCUGUCCUGUUGACCAGGAAGCUUACACAUCAGUGAACAAAUUAAAGAUCCUAUGACAUUCUAAUAAUUUCAUUAAUGUGCAACUGAAGCCUACUGUAGUUUGUUUCAACUUAAGAUUGUACAGUGAAGGACUAGUUAAGUAAUCCACUGCCAUGAAGUAAAUACUCAGAAACUGAGUAUUGAGACCCAAGGUAACAGUUGUGUGUGUGUAUAACAUCAUAUCAAAUAGAGAACAGUGUUAUAACCAACACAGUCAAUGAAUGAUUAGAGCUUCAAAUAAAUCUUGUUUAACAACAACAAUCUGCUGAAAUCAUUGAAAACCUGAUAGUUUCAUGCAUGUGAACUAAUUGCAUUUCUAGCCUAAUUGGAGAAUAAGUGCACAAUUUAUUCAGUUUAUGAGCACAUCUGCCAAAGUAUACAACAUACUGUUACUACCUGGGGACUGUCAGGCCUAUGCAUAAGGACAAUAUUAGACACAUUAUAACUAGUGAAAGCAGAGUGUACAUUAUCUGUAAUCUUCUGUCUCCUGUCAUAAGCCAUAGUAGAUGUAGGAUGAUUCCUCUUCUAGAUCAACUAUAUACAUGUUCUACCAAUAUCUGCACAAGCAUCAUCAGUGUGUGGUGUUCUAACUAUUCGUCAGUGUUCUCCGUUUUUAUGUUUGUAUGUUCUGCAUGAUUACGAUGUCCUUUUGUUAGCUUGCAGAACUUGAUACAUCUCCAUGUUUUUCCUAAUUUGAUAUUGUGCCAUCUUUUAAUCCAAAUAUGUCUGCACUGAAGGAAUAAUUGUGCUCGCCUAUAUAGCAUGUAGGAAAUUAUUUUGUUCUCAUUACUUCAUGUUAAAAGCAGAUGACUGCACUGUGUAUUAUGUAACUGUAAGUCCGUGUUCUCAUUUUAUAUUUUUAUUUUCAGAAUGGUUUAAAUGUCCUAAGCUAAAUCACAUCUGAAGGAUAUUAUCAUCUUUGUUUUUGAAUCUUUGAUUGCUGAUAUUGUGCCAUAUUUUUGCUAAAUAUUUUGUUGUUCAGGACAAAAGUGUUAUCACUACAUAGUUAAGACAGUGGUAGGUGUAUGAUUUUACAGCUACCAAAUAUCAACUAUUGCAGUUUGUGGGUUUUUUUUGGAUAAAAAUCACUUGUUUUACCUGUGUGACACAGGUAUGUUCAUCUUGGUACCUAACAUGUUGUUACAAACAUGGUUUCUUCUUCUCUUCUGUGAAGCUGUUGUCGAUAUAAAAAUGUAAAAUGUAUUUUAUGGUAAAGUGAUGUCUCUGCUGUUCUGACACUGUCCAGUGUUACCUGUUACAGACUUGUUCUUUAGACCAACAUUUGCUUCCUUAACAAGUGUACUGGAUGCUUCACAUGUGUACCUUGCACUGUUGAAUAAAACAGUUAAAAACUUCAA